AUGGAGCACUUUAGCCCACACGACCUGUGGGAAGAGGCAAAACAGCAGCUGCGCAGGGACCUUGGCGAGGAGGAAUGGAAGACGUUCACCAUGCAAUCGGGACAGGGUGGGAACAUCACCAUCUCGAAGACGAUGCAGUCACUUAAGGCAGCGAGAGAUCAGGCAACCGCCAAGUAUGCUACUCACAAGGUCAUGACCAGCGGUGGCACAGAGCUGUUUCAGUACAACAUUGGGCGAAUUCUCACGCGCCUGGACAUGAUGUGCCAGAUGGUGGACUCAACCAUGAGCUACGCGCCGGAGAUGGCGAGCGUUGUCUGGACAGGUUUCCGUAUGAUUUUCAGCUGCUUUCUCAUCCACAAGGAGGCCUGCGAGUUCUUAUCCAAUGCGGUAGACCGUAUCUCUUACGCCAUGUUCAUCUGCGAAGUCUGUGCCAAACGGUAUCUAGCCAAGGCCUCUGGUGGCAAUCUCGUUGCGGGUAUCGUAAAGCGUAUCCCUGGCGUCUACGCUGUCGUCCUCCAGUUCUCGUAUCAGACGAAGAAGCUUGUGUCGGCAAAUCCUGUGAAAUGCCUCAUGGAUCUCAUGUUCGGCAAACUGAAAGAGUUGCAGAGCUACGUCACCACAGCUACGGCAAAGCUUGACGAACUUGAGAAGUGCGUUGACGUAGGCUUCAAGGAGACGGUUGAGAAAUUUGUCGAGGACAUGGGCAAGGAUGUCAGGAUGGUAGCCGAUCUGAUACCAGGAAUGGCUCAGGGCAUUAAGAACCUUGAAGAAAUCGGUCACCGUAUCGAAGAGGGUAUGAAUGCAUUGGCUGCCAAUCAGGGAAAGUCUCAGGAGGAAAUCUACCGGAAGACGCUCGUGAAGGAGCACGAGGAUGCGCUGAAGUGGCUGAAGCCCGGAACUUGGUUGCUGGAUUUCUCACAGCUGGAGGCCCAGCACAGGAACAACCUAGCAUCUAUUUUUCCUGGCAGUUGCGACUGGGUUUUUGAUCAAGAAAGCUACAAGGCCUGGGUAGGAAAGGAGAACCGUCGCAUAAUGUGGCUUCUCGGAGAAGCUGGAUUCGGGAAGUCGUUCAUAUCCUCGGCGGUUAUUGACGCGAUUAAGUCAACCAAUCGGCAGAAGUCUUUCAAGAGGUCUCAGCCGCACGUGGUCUACUUCUUCUGCCGGAGUGGAAGUGAUGCUUCUCAGAAGAGCGAGAGAAUCUUGUUGCAUCUGGUCAUGCAGCUAUUCAACCACGCUAAUCCCGAGAUACCACUGGAGAAGUCAAAAGCUGUAUCGAAUCAGGUUCAGCAAAAAGCGACUGAGAAGUGCAUUAAGAUUGUGAACGCUGCGAAGCAACGUCUCGAAACCUCCGACGGCCCCAAAAUCGACCGUACGGCUCGUGGUCUUGGAAUUUCCGGCAUGCAGAAAGUCUUCGAUGACUUGACGCAGGUCCUGGAAAGGGAUGUCGUUAUUGUUCUCGAUGGUCUUGACGAAUGUAGCGACUGGUCUGAGCGCAAUCUUCUCAACGCACUCAUGGACCUCACUGAGGGAAACGAUGGUAUCCACUUGAUGAUCACCAGCCGACCACAACCCAGUAUCGUUGACGCGUUCUCGGCGAAGCCGGCCCAUACUUUCAGUCGCAUCGAAGUCGAUAGAGAGCGAACUGGACCAGGAAUCGCUUCGUACAUAGAUGAGGAACUCAAGUCAGUCAAGCACCUGAACGAGGCGCAGCGACAUAAGGCACGAGAUGUAAUCAUGAAAAAAUCUGAGGGGUCAUUCUGGUAUGCCACCUCCACGGUCGAGACACUGAAAUCUCCUACAUCUGCUGCAGCUUUCAACAAAAUGAUGCAGAACUUACCCGUUGGAGUGUACAAUAUGUACCGAAAGAAGGUGCAAACCCUCGACUCUGAGUACCGCGACUCGUUGCUCAUAGCAUUACGGUGGCUUGUGUGUGGUGAAGGAUCAAUCAGCGCAGAGCCGAUUGUGGACGAGAUCCAGAAGACAUACUGUGUGGACAAUUUGGAAAAUGAUGAGCAUGAUUGCAAGAGCAACCCCGGAGAUGAAGCCAAUCAGGAGCAGGGCGAAGACAGCCAGCAAAACAGCACCGAAGAAGCGGACGGGAGUUUCUACCCCGUCAUCAUCAACUCUCUCAGUCAGCGAGCACGAGAGUUUCUUAAGCUGGAUUCCCAUGACAAAAUAGCCAUGGCACACAGUUCAGUCCGUGACUGGAUUAUCAGAGACGCCCAGGAGGUAAAGACGCAUCUCUGUCCGGGGUGCAAGGACCGUCAGCGCAAAGAGUCGAUGUUCGAGGCUGCACCCAAAUGGGGCCAUCUCAUAAUGGCCAGGCACAUCAUGCGCACGCUGAAUAAUCGAGAAUUCCAGAAGAAGUACGGAUUAUUGGAUGACGGAAAUGGACAGUCGCAGCCGCAGGAGUUCGUGGAUAUCUCGAAGGGUGCGCAAGAUGACACUCCAAAAGUUGGGCGAACCGAAACCGCCGAGAGGCCUGCUCAGGCAUCUGCAAACGACGAAAACUGCAAUCAGUCCCAAACAGAAGUCAGAGCUGGGGAAGAAGUGGGCACCAAUGUUGAGAGAAAAGAGGACAACGUUGAAAAAAGCCAGUCAACGGAGACGCAUGAUUUCGCCAAAGUGAACCACUCUACAGUGGAAGAGGGUUCCUCAGAAUUCAAAGACACGCAAAAGCUACAGAUCGCAAAUACGUCCCUCGCUCCUGGCAACGUGGCCGACACUGCAACGGCCUCAAGCGAAGAAGGGCCAAUGCACGAUGACGCCACGGAUGCAGGCACAGAAGGUGGCGGUGAAUACCAGUACGGUACUAACGAGGACUCGACCAGCCACCUGCGGUACGAAAUCACGCAUUGGCACUACCAUGUGCGCGAGGCAGAGGCAGCGUGGCCGGAAGAGGAGCGGCAAAUGCAUCCGGAGGCAGCAGAGAUGUUCGAUGAGCUGUACGAGCAGUUGGACGCUUUCAUGAAGGAAAGGGCACUGCCGUUCGCCCGUUGGCAACAAUUGGUGUGGCCGGACUUUUUCCCCGACGAAUCGCAGGACAAGCAGCUGUUAGUCAAUCCACCCGUGCAUAUCGCCGCACGUUUCGACCUGGUUGGUAUGCUGCAGCGCUACAUACGUGAUGGCACCACCGACAUUCAUCGUAUAAACUUCUACGGCAGCAUGCCGCUACACAUUGCCAGCCUGGGCGUCGACACCUAUGUGGGCUCACAUGGAGUGUUGAGCCUGCUUUUAGAACAGCCGGACCCACCCCUGAACCAUCAGAACAAACUCGGUAAUACUCCGUUGUUGUUAUCUGUUAUGAUUAGGGAGGUUCCUGAAAGCUGCGCUGAGAUGCUGUUGGCGGCCGGCGGGCGCCCAGAGAUCCGUGACAAGGAUGGAAACACCGCGCUGCACUGGGCCGCCGACCGGAGUAGCCUGCGUUUGUGUCAGAUGCUACUCGAGGGUCAUGGGGAUGUUGUUGAUGUCAAUGCUCAGAACAAUAUGGGCGAUACGCCACUCCAUUGGCUACUGGACUGGUACAACAGCUCCUACGAGGUCGCAGAGUACUUCCUCGACCACGGCGCCUACGUGAGGGCCGAGAACAACGAGAGCCAGCAGCCGUUGUUCAAGGCCUGCGGAACCAGUAAUACUUCCAUUGCUCGCCUCCUUAUCACCCGCGGCGCAGAUGUUGAUGACCCGGAGACUGUUUUCGGCUGGACUGCUCUACACGCUGCUGUUGCCGUGAAGAACCUUGACCUUGUGAAGCUUCUCGUCGAAGAAGGCGGUGCAAGGAUUUUGGUACGGGACCAAAAAUUGCGUACGCCCAUCGCUCUGGCCGCCGAACUCGGAAACGAUGCCAUCCUCGAGUUCCUGCUUAAGAGUCAGAAAGAACGCGCGGUGGCGGAGAGGGAGACAACGAAGCCGAACGAGGAGGCAAAGGGGUUUGCAGACGCAAAUGCCGAGAAGGAGAUGAAAGAUGGGAUGUGCGGUGGUGAUGGCAUGGACUUCUUGAUGGAGCGUGAUAUCAACAAUCAGACGCCAUUGCAUCGCGCCGCAGCCAAAGGCCUAGAAGGCUGUGUGAAGCUACUACUAGAAUACAGCAGCGACGCAAAGCUCCUCUGCGCCCAGCGCAACCGACAUGGCGCCACACCACUGCACUCAGCCGCCCACCGCGGCCAUGCCCAAACCUUCAAGCUAAUUGCUGAUGCCUCAGACGCUUCUAUCCUCUCCGCUCUCAACAACGAUGGAAGAACGCCGCUGGCGCAUGCUGUCGAGGGCUGGAAGGCAUUCUACGACUACGGGAACUCCUCCUGGGGCGAAAUCAUCACCAUUCUGUGGCAAGACAGCCCGCCGCUGCCCGAGGGCGAUCGUCUGGAUCUGCUUUUCCGCGCCAUCGACAAAGGGGCUGAGGACUUGUGCCGCCUCUUGCUGGACCUCGUGCACGUUCAGGACGAGACCGGGUGCACUCCGUUAAUGCUCGCCGUGCAGGGGGGCCGCCAGAACAUCAUCGACCUGCUAUCUGGAGGUUCACCGAGCCGGUGGAGUGGAUUUGACAAGAUGUCGUCCCUUGAUGUGUCGGAGGAUGGAUUGGAGGUGUUUGGUGCUGCUUCUACACCUUUACCGGCUGAUGGUGUCAAUCCGUCACAGCGACACGCUUCAGCACGUGCAGAUCGUCCCAUCCCGCCGGGCACAAACCACUACUAUUACGAGGUGAUGAUAGUGAAGUGCGGAGACGCGGACCCAUACAAUCACUCCUUCAGUAACGUGGUUAUUGGCUUCUGCUCCAAAUAUGCGUCUCUAGACGGCCUCCCCGGCUGGACCACCUGUAACUUCCCAUCCUGGGCUUACCACGGCGACGACGGAUGCAUAUUGGAUCAGGCAUAUGAAUACGUGCCCAGUGACCCUGAAUACCCAAAGUACGGUCCGAAAUAUGGCCAGGGCGAUGUCGUAGGUGCGGGCGUCGAUUUCGUGAAGCGAGUCAUGUUUUUCACGAAGAACGGGGAGCGACUCGAUAAUGGAUGGGUCGGGGACAGAAUUAACGGUAGGCUCUUCCCUGCCAUCGGCAUGUUCCCUAAAGGCGUUCGGGUCCGCGCGAAUUUUGGGUCAGCUCCGUUCAAGUACGAGUGGGAAACAGAGGAGAAGGCCAAAGCAGACUGA